GACCACUCCUCGUGGGGCGCUGGGGCCGGCCGAUCGCGGGCUCCGGGCCGGGCCCCGCGGUCCCGGCGCCAUGCGGGCGUCGCUGCUGCUGUCGGUGCUGCGGCCCGCCGGGCCCGUGGCUGUGGGCAUCUCCCUGGGCUUCACCCUGAGCCUGCUCAGCGUCACCUGGGUGGAGGAGCCCUGCGGCCCCGGGCCACCCCAGUCCGGGGAUCCCGAGCUGCCCCCUCGCAGCAACAGCAAUGCGGCGCGUCGGCCCAAUUCGGUGCAACCCGGAGCAGAGCGCGAAAGGCCCGAGGCCGGCACCGGGGAGAAUUGGGAGCCGCGGGUCUUGCCCUACCACCCCGCACAGCCCGGCCAGACCGCCAAGAAGGCCAUCAGAACCCGCUACAUCAGCACGGAGCUGGGCAUCAGGCAGAAGUUGCUGGUGGCCGUGCUGACCUCCCAGGCCACGUUAUCCACGCUAGGCGUGGCCGUGAACCGCACAUUGGGACACCGGCUAGAACGUGUGGUCUUCCUGACGGAUUCCAGAGGCCGCCGGGCACCUCCAGGCAUGACCGUGGUGACCCUGGGUGAGGAGAGGCCUGUUGGACACUUGCACCUGGCAUUGCGCCACCUGCUGGAGCAGCACGGAGAUGAUUUUGACUGGUUCUUCCUGGUCCCCGAUGCCACCUACACGGAGGCACAUGGACUGGCACGCCUAGUGGGCCACCUCAGCCUGGCUACUGCGGCCCAUCUCUAUCUGGGCCGCCCUCAGGACUUUAUCAGCGGGGAGCCCUCCCCUGGCCGCUACUGUCACGGGGGCUUCGGGGUGCUGCUGUCCCGUGCUCUGCUGCAGCAGCUGCGCCCCCACCUGGAAAGCUGCCGCAAUGAAAUCAUCAGUGCCCGCCCUGACGAGUGGCUAGGCCGCUGUAUCCUGGACGCCACCGGCGUGGGUUGUACCGGACAUCACGAGGGGGUGCAAUACAGCUAUCUGGAGCUGGGCCCUGGGGAGUCUGUGCAGGAGCGAGACCCUCGUUUCCGAAGUGCCCUGACUGCCUACCCUGUGCGGGAUCCUGUGCACAUGUACCAGCUGCACAAGGCUUUUGCUCGGGCAGAACUAGAACGCACGUACCAGGAGAUCCAGGAGCUGCAGUGGGAGAUCCAGAACACUAGCCGCCUGGCUGCUGAUGGAGAACGGGCAGCCGCCUGGCCCGUGGGUAUCCCGGCUCCCUCGCGCCCGGCUUCCCGCUUUGAGGUGCUGCGCUGGGACUAUUUCACAGAGCAGCACACCUUCUCCUGCGCCGAUGGCUCGCCUCGCUGCCCACUUCGAGGGGCAGACCGCGCCGAUGUGGCCGAAGUUCUGGGGACCGCCCUGGAAGAACUCAACCGCCGCUACCACCCAGCCCUGCGGCUCCGUAAACAGCAGCUGGUGAAUGGCUACCGCCGCUUUGACCCGGCUCGGGGCAUGGAAUAUACGUUGGACUUACAGCUGGAGGCGCUGACCCCUCAAGGUGGUCGGCGGGCCCUGACCCGUCGUGUGCAGCUGCUGCGGCCACUAAGCCGCGUGGAAAUCCUGCCCGUGCCCUAUGUCACCGAAGCAUCCCGUCUCACCGUGUUGCUGCCUCUGGCAGCCGACGAGCGUGACCUGGCACCCGGCUUCCUGGAGGCCUUCGCCUCGGCUGUGUUGAAGCCAGGGGACCCCGCAGCCGCGCUCACCCUCAUGUUGCUUUAUGAGCCCCGGCAGGCCCAGCGUGCUGCCGCACACGCUGACAUCUUUGCCCCCGUCAAGGCCCACGUGGCAGAGCUGGAACGACGAUUCCCUGGCACCCGGGUGCCCUGGCUCAGUGUUCAGACCUCUGCGCCCUCCCCGUUGCGCCUCAUGGAUCUGCUUUCCAAGAAGCACCCAUUGGACACACUCUUUCUGCUGGCCGGGCCAGACACGGUCCUCACCCCUGACUUCCUCAACCGCUGCCGCAUGCAUGCCAUCGCAGGCUGGCAGGCCUUUUUCCCCAUGCACUUCCAAAUCUUCCACCCAGCCGUGGCCCCACCGCAGGGCCCGGGGCCCCCGGAGCUGGGCCGAGACACGGGUCGCUUUGACCGCCAGGCUUCCAGCGAGGCCUGUUUCUACAACUCCGACUACGUGGCAGCCCGUGGGCGGCUGGCCGCCGCUUUGGAGCAGGAGGAGGACCUGCUGGAGGGCCUAGAUGUCUAUGAACUGUUCGUGCGCUUCUCCUCGGGCCUGCAUGUCCUGCGCGCUGUGGAGCCCACGUUGCUGCAGCGCUAUCGGGCACCCGCGUGCAGCGCCCGGCUCAGCGAGGACUUGUUCCACCGCUGCCGUCAGAGCGCACUCGAAGGCCUGGGCACUCGCACCCAGCUCGCCAUGCAGCUCUUUGAGCAGGAACCGGGCAACAGCACCUGACCCUGCCGCAACACCUAGGCCCCCACCUGCUAGACUUCGGCUUGCCACCGGGUUUCCCUCUCCCUGGCUUCUGUGGGCCCUCAGGACAAGUCCCCACCAAGCACCAAGGAUGGUACCCGCCGAGCCAGCACCUCAAUCCGGCUCCCUUAACCUCCCCCCCUUCCA